AUGUCCGAUUUCCCUCCAAACCUUUCAAUAAGGCCGCUUACGAUAGAAGAUGUGCAACAGUCGGCUGAGUUGGAAACAAAAGGAUUCCCACCUGAGGAAAGAUGUUCAACAACAAAAUUAAAAUACAGAUUGACAGUGUGUCCCGAGUUGUGCUCCGGUUUGUUCAUCAGAGAUUUUGAAUAUAAAUACAACUCGCUUAAUCUACCAGAAGUUGCUAGGCAGUUAGAGCGAGAACAUCACCAACAAGACGACAAUGGCGAUUUGAAAAUGGACGACGGCAAAAGCAACGGCAAUGACAAUGACAAGAACGACGGCGGUAAUAAUGGUGGUGUCGAUGCCGACAAUGUUCAAGAUGACGCCGACGACGACGAGGAGUUCCCUCCGAAAUCUUCAGUGACCAAGGAACAAUUGGUGGGCCACAUUAUAGGAACCAAGAUUGCCGGCUCCAGGAUAACCGAGGAGUGCAUGGAAAUGCCGUCGACAAAAGUGAAAGGAUCGGGACACGUUGAAACGUCAAGAGUCAUCGGUAUACACUCGGUUGUCAUCGACCCCGAAUGGAGAGGCAAGAACUUGGCUGCGUUACUAUUGCAUGACUAUAUCCAAAAACUAUCGAACCAAGAUGUUGGAGAUCAAAUAGUAUUGAUAGCUCACGAUGCCUUGGUGCCAUUUUACGAGAAAAUCGGGUUCAACAAUUUAGGCGAAAGCGAAUGCAAAUUUGCAGGAACUACUUGGUACGAUAUGGCUAUAGACUUGAUUGCUUCAGAUGAUCUCUAA